AUGACCACCAUAAAGUGCCAGAUAAGAAGAGUUCAGUUGCAGCUGAAGCAGAGAAAAGAACUGGGCGAGGCUUUACGCGCCAUAGACUUCGAACAAUUGAACAUAGAAAAUCAAGUUUGCAUACAAAAAAUCGAUGAAAAAAAUCGAUAUCUGCUCGACAUGAAGAAAAUCGCGGGUCGCUAUAACAUUGCAUUGACCAAACACAAAAAAAAAGUAGAUGGCUUGACGUUAACUAUGAAUGAAGUAAGAGAUAAAGUUGUUUCCAAAAAACAGGAAAUUCUGACAUUGCAUUCCGAACAAAUUACUGCAAAAAAUGAAAUAGAGAAGAAAGAAAAACAGCUUAAAUCGAUGAUAGAGUUAAUAAAUACCUUUGAGAAACUUUUAGAAAAUGAGUCGAAAUAUCCAACCACUAUUAUAUUGACAAUCCAAAUUACAUAG